UAAUUGUACUGGGACCACAAAAAUUCUAAUGAUGAAAGGCAGCGCCCAGGCCCUCACUUCCCCUUCCUGCACAGUAUGGGCCAGGCUGUCAAGGCGCAGAGCAGCUGUUUCUGGGCACCCUGACGCCAACAUGGAUCAAGAAACCGUGGGAAACAUUGUCCUGCUGGCCAUCGUCACCCUCAUCAGCGUGGUCCAGAAUGGAUUCUUUGCCCACAAAGUGGAACAUGAGAGCAAGACCCAGAAUGGGCGGAGCUUCCAGAGGACGGGGACACUGGCCUUUGAGCGGGUCUACACUGCCAACCAAAACUGCAUGGAUGCGUACCCCACUUUCCUUGCCAUGCUGUGGUGUGCGGGGCUACUGUGCAGCCAAGUUCCUGCCGCCUUUGCCGGACUGAUGUACUUGUUUGUGAGACAGAAGUACUUCGUUGGCUACCUAGGAGAGAGAACGCAGAGCACGCCUGGUUACAUAUUCGGGAAACGCAUCAUCCUGUUUCUGUUCCUCAUGUCCCUGGCUGGUAUACUCAACUAUUACCUCAUCCUCUGUUUCGGAAGUGACUUUGAACACUACAUAAAAACCAUAACCACCACCGUCUCCCCUCUGCUUCUCAUUCCCUAACGCUCGGCUGAUGCAGGGUUGCUGCUCUCAUCUAAUCAAUAUCCGGAAGUCCUCAUAACUCAGCCCUUUAAAGUAUUCGGCUCCUCUUUAGGUAGCUGUAAAUCUAAUGGCCAUCUGGGCUUCACAGCUUGAGGUAACCUUGCUUUUCCUGGAAGAAAAUCGUUCCAUGUUAGCCCCACCCCUUGAAAGUGGCAGCAGCACCUGAUUUGUUAUUGGAAUCCAUCCUGUACGUUCCCUGACUUCUCCUGCUCUCUGAAGAUGUUUUGUGACCAGAUUUUAUUUCUUAAAAUAAAACGUAGAGAUACGUUUCAGGCUAGUGGUUGAUUUU